AUGCCACUACUUUCAAAAGUUCUAAGUUUGAACUCAGAGAGGCAUACGGGAAACCAAAUAUCUCCCAAACAACUGCAUCCUCGAUCCAAUUCCACCAUCUCCGAACCCAAUCCACAAAAUUUUACUACUGGUAGUAAACCAUCAACGAAAUUUUCUCUUUCAAUUAACUUAGAAUCUCCUCCAAUAGUCCUAUAUGGUCUUCCUACAGAAUCUAGUGGUUCGAUAAUCUCGGGUAUUUUGACAUUAACUAUCAAACCAGUUGUAUCCCUGUCGAGAUCUUCAUUUGAAGAAGUGGAAUUGAAUAGUGUUACACUUUCAUUAGUACAAACAAUGAAAUAUACAUCUCCUUUCACUAUUCCAAAUUCCGAACUUUCAAUUUGUAGUAAAUGUCGUUUAAGAGCUCAUGAAUUAGCAAGAUGGGAUAUUUUAAAAUCCAAAGCCAGUUUCCCUAUGGGUGAACAUUCAUAUCCAUUCUCACAUCUAUUCCCAGGUUCAAUACCAGCAACUAGCAAAUUAGGUUCAGCGAAUUCUCAAUCAUACAUUAAAUAUGAGUUGAUAGCUAUUGCGAAAACUCCAAACAAAGGAGAACAAGUGAAAUUAGUUCUACCCAUUACUGUAUCCCGACUGGUUCUUCGUGGACCAGAUCGGAAUUCAUUACGUAUAUUCCCACCAACUGAAACAACUGCAAGUGUAGUAUUGCCUAAUGUGGUAUAUCCUAAAUCCACGUUCCCCAUAGAGUUGAAAUUAGACAACUUGGUAAGUGGUUCAAAACAACGUCGAUGGAGAAUGAGGCGAUUAACUUGGAGAAUUGAAGAACAUACAAGAGUAAAAGCAUAUGCCUGUGAAGAACAUCAACUGCAUUUAACAAAAUUAGAAAAGCAAUAUCGAGGUGAAAAGAAGAAGAAACCUAGAUCAACGCAGACAAAACCCAAUGUGGUACGAACAGAUAUUAAUUUAAUGCAUUCUCCUAGCAGUGCCCAUUAUCAUGAGCAAAUUAGUACCAAUCCUACGGAAAUAGAUAUACCUGUCGAAGAAGAGGAUGAACCUGUUUCAAGUGGACCCUCGCAGGCACAUCAGAGCUUUAUCGAAGAUUUUAUCACUCGUCCAACUUCUGACGAAAGUUCAAAUGACCAAACUCAAGAUAAUUCAACAUAUACUCCUCCUCCAGGACCACCACAAUCUUCAGACUCGGAUAAGCAUAUAUAUCUAGAAGAAAGAAGAAUAGUUAGCUAUGGCGAGCUCAAAUCGGGCUGGAAAUCGGAUUUCUCCGCUCGAGGGAAAGUAGAACUAAUAGGUCACGUAAGUGCCAGUGGACUUUCACGAGGAUUAAAUAAUCCCAUAAAUAAAAUCACCAGCGAAGAUCCAAUCCCACAAAGUGAACCCACAGAAGAUGCAACUAUCGCCUGUGAUAUCGAUGAUCCGACAUUAGGCGUUCAUGUUGAGCAUACUUUAGUAGCAGAAGCCAUAGUCGCAGAAGAAAUUAUCCAUAAUAUUGAACGAACCAGAAAGGGAAGUAUAUCAUCAAGAACAGCAUCAUACAACAAACCGCCACCAUCUGCUGAUAGUGGUUCUUCAAGUGGGACCUCGGGCCAACAACAACAACAAGCACAAGGGCAGUCACAAAUGGGUGUACCCACUGGUGCAGCCAGGGUUUUGAGAAUGCAAUUCAAGCUUCAAAUCACCGAAAGGUCAGGUCUUGGGAUUGCUUGGGAUGAUGAAGUGCCCCCAACGUAUGAGGAUGUGAGGACAUUUAGCCCUCCAAUUUAUGCGAAAGCAAGUCCGGGUAUUGCUCCCGUUAGUUCUGGUUCGAGAGUAAGGGCGAGUGUCCUUGAUGGGAUUGGAAAUACUCCGAUUGUGGGUAGGCGUGGAAGAAGUGAUACUGGUACUAGUAUUGAUGAAAUGAACGAUUUACAAGAGAAUAUACAAGAUCUUACAUUAUAG